UCUGGCAGGGUCCGCUGGGGGAGUGGGGGUCCGGGUCUUGAGCUAGAGUCCAGGGUGAGCGUGUGAGUGUGCGCGUCCAGGGCUAGAGUCUAGCGGCCCUCCCCCACGGUUCCCGGAGCCGCCCACGGUCACGUGGCCGGCGGGGCCGACAGGUAACUCGCCCAGAGAGGGCGGGGGCCGGUAGCCGCCCCGCCCCACGGGGCGCCGCGGGCGGGUCUCGGCAGCGCCCACUGCGCCAGCCGGGCCGCAGGUGCCGCCCCCAACACACGGUGUCCCGCCCAAGCCGAUCCGCGUCCGCCGUCGGUCGGUGCGUGCGUGCGCUUCGUCGGUCCGCGUGUGUCUGGCCGAGCGCCCCCUUCCUCUGCGGCCAUGACUCCGCCGCCACCCCAGCCAGCACCCCCAGGCCCGAACCCAGCCGCAGACGCCGCUGCGGACCCCCGUCCCGGGCCUGGACCCCUGGUCGUACUGUUCGGGGCCACGGCCGGUGCGCUGGGGCCGGACCUGGGCUCCGAUGAGACCGAUCUAAUCCUCCUAGUCUGGCAAGUGGUGGAGCCGCGGAGCCGCCAGGUGGGGACAUUGCAUAAGUCACUGGUUCGCGCCGAGGCGGCCGCACUGAGCCCGCAGUGCCGCGAGGCGAGCGGCCUGAGCGCCGACAGUCUGGCUCGGGCCGAGCCGCUGGACAAGGUGCUGCAGCAGUUCUCACAGCUGGUGAGCGGGGAUGUGGCUCUGCUGGGCGGGGGCCCCUACAUGCUCUGCACUGAUGGGCAGCAGCUGCUGCGACAGGUCCUGCACCCUGAGGCCUCCAGGAAGAACCUGGUGCUCCCCGACACAUUCUUCUCCUUCUACGACCUCCGCAGAGAGUUCCACGUGCAGCACCCGAGCGCCAGCCCUGCCAGGGACCUCACUGUGGCCACCAUGGCACAGGACUUGGGGCUGGAGACAGAUGCCACAGAGGAUGAUUUUGGGGUGUGGGAAGUGAAGACUAUGGUAGCUGUCAUCCUCCACCUGCUUGAUGGGCCCAGCGGUCAGCUGUUUUCGAAGCCCGAAGUGGUAAAGCAGAAAUAUGAGACCGGGCCUUGCUGGACAGCUCUGACGGUGCCCUGCCUCCAUAGCAGCAAGGCCAACGUGGUGGACAGUGAGACUGUGGUUCGGGCUCGUGGGCUGCCCUGGCAGUCAUCAGACCAGGACGUGGCUAGAUUCUUCAAAGGGCUCAAUAUUGCCAGGGGUGGUGUAGCACUGUGCCUCAACGCCCAGGGCCGCAGAAAUGGUGAGGCCCUCAUCCGUUUUGUGGACAGCGAGCAGCGGGACCUAGCGCUGCAGAGACACAAGCACCACAUGGGUGUCCGCUAUAUCGAGGUAUAUAAAGCAACAGGAGAGGAGUUUGUAAAGAUUGCAGGGGGCACAUCACUAGAAGUGGCUCGUUUCCUGUCUCGGGAAGACCAAGUGAUCCUGCGGCUGCGGGGACUGCCCUUCUCAGCUGGGCCAGCAGACGUGCUAGGCUUCCUGGGGCCAGAGUGCCCAGUGACUGGGGGCGCCGAUGGGCUGCUCUUUGUGCGCCACCCUGAUGGCCGGCCCACUGGUGAUGCUUUUGCCCUCUUCGCCUGUGAGGAACUGGCACAGGCUGCAUUACGCAGGCAUAAGGGCAUGCUGGGUAAGCGAUACAUUGAACUCUUCCGGAGCACUGCAGCCGAGGUGCAGCAGGUCUUGAACCGCUAUGCCUCUGGCCCACUCCUUCCCACACUGACUGCUCCACUGCUGCCCAUCCCCUUCCCACUGGCAGCUGGGACCGGGAGAGACUGUGUACGCCUUCGAGGCCUGCCCUACACGGCCACCAUCGAGGACAUCCUAAGCUUUCUAGGGGAGGCAGCGGCUGACAUUCGGCCCCACGGUGUGCACAUGGUACUCAACCAGCAGGGCCGGCCAUCGGGUGACGCCUUCAUCCAGAUGACAUCAGCAGAGCGGGCCCUAGCUGCUGCUCAGCGUUGCCACAAGAAAGCAAUGAAGGAACGCUAUGUGGAGGUGGUCCCCUGCUCCACAGAGGAGAUGAGCCGUGUCCUGAUGGGGGGCACCUUGGGCCGCAGUGGCAUGUCCCCUCCACCCUGCAAGCUGCCCUGCCUCUCACCGCCUGCCUACGCCACCUUCCAAGCCACCCCAACACUCAUUCCCACAGAGACCGCAGCUCUGUACCCCUCUUCAGCACUGCUCCCAGCUGCCAGGGUGCCCGCUGCCCCCAGCCCGGUUGCCUACUACCCAGGGCCAGCCACUCAACUCUACAUGAACUACACAGCUUACUACCCCAGCCCCCCAGUCUCCCCCACCACUGUGGGCUACCUCACCACGCCCCCUGCUGCCCUGGCCUCUGCUCCCACCUCAGUGUUGUCCCAGCCAGGAGCCCUGGUCCGUAUGCAGCAGGGUGUCCCAUAUACAGCUGGUAUGAAGGAUCUGCUCAGCGUCUUCCAGGCCUACCAGCUAGCCCCUGAUGACUACACCAGUCUGAUGCCUGUUGGUGACCCACCUCGCACUGUGCUGCAGGCCCCCAAAGAAUGGGUGUGUUUGUAGGUGAGGGAGCCAGGAGGUAAGAGGUGGCUGAUGUCCUCAGCUAACGGGACUCUCCUGCAUCCAGAGAAUCAGCGCCCUCAACCCGGUGGCUUCUUUCUGGCUUGUCAAAAUUCUCAGAAGGCCCCCAGAGGAGCUCAAGCCCCAGCUCCAUCCCCCUACUUAUCACUCUGCCUAUUCACCCCAAGGAUGAUGGCUGGACCCUAAAUGGAGGGCUGGGGGUGGAAUGGUGCUACCCUGCUCCCAGUGAUCUGAUCUGGGCCUCCUAAGUAGCACACAGAGAGCCUUUGUUCUGUUCUGGCUAUGGUCCAUGCCUACAGAUUCCGCAGGGCUGCUGUCCACAGCAGGCUUGCUUUCUUUUGAAAAAUGUAAGCCCUGGUGCCUUCAGUAUAUGACUCUAGGGAGCUUCUCAGUAAAGAUCCCAAUGUUCUACCUUCCCCUGUCCCUUCUGGUGGGGGGCAGGGUAGCAGAGAGCGCUGGCCCCAGUCCCCAGGAUACUUGGACUUCUGUGGCCACAUUGUGCCAGGGGUAGUCCCACCUAAGGAUGCUAACCCCCCUCUAGCUUGGCACAAGGAAUAUCAGGUGGCAAAAAUCACAGGCUGUUUUGAUGGACUGUACUGCAGUAUCCCCAGAGGACACUAGGGGGCAGAAGGCCCUCACAUGAAAACUCAGGCUUGACUUUUAAAGGGACUUCUGCUUACUUUUCAUGCACACCUUGGGCAGGUCAGUUGUCCUGAACUCAGCAGACACCUUGGAAUGUCCUUUGCACCCAUUAGAGGGUGCCGAACUGAAGCUCUGGAAGGAAUUUGGAACUCUACCCUCUUCUCCGUAAAAUAAACAAAGGUUCUUAACCAAGUGGACUUCUUAAAAGCCAAAGUGCCCUUCACUUUGGCACAGGGUGAGGGGCUCCACACCAGCCCCAUGCAGAGGAACACUCAGGCAGAUUUCAAG